AUGGGAGUCAGGGUGAUGGAUACCACUUGGGUGUCGCGGAGGGGCUCGUCGUCUGCGCGUAAAACCGCCUCCACGCCACCGAGCGUGCAUCCCCCCGCCCCGCCCACUGAUGCGCUCGUCCCCGAGCAACAUGGGGAAUUCUCCGUCUCCCCCUCCCCCACCCCUCCUCCCACUAGCAGUGACCGAGCCAGCUCGGACGAUGCAUCCUCCAAUUGGUCGGACUCCUGUUACGCCUACCCCUCCCCCGAGGAGGAGAGGCCGCCUCCCCCUUACCCCUCUUCCUCAUCCUCUUCUUCUUCCUCUUGCUCUUCCUUUUCGCUCCCUCACCACCAUUUCUACGCCCGAGCACCUCCGGGUAUGCGUCCCCUCGCUCCCAGCCCUGAAUCCGUGCCUCCCGGUCCGUCCCCUCCCCCCCGCCACUCCGGCUACAGCCCACCCCCACCCCCCCACUCUCUUUGCCCAUCCCCUCAGCAGCUUGACGUCAACUCCAACCCCAAACCCAGCACCCUGCACCUUCCCAAACAGGCCUCCCUGUCCGAUGCUCCGCAUGCGUCCCCUUCCGAAACCAAUGGCUCCACCCUUUACAUCAAACCCCCGCUCGUUCUUACUCGUCACGAUCUGUUCCUGGGCUCCCCCAAACCCCCCAACACCCCCCUGUCCGCCCCCCCUCCAUGGGCAGCCUGUGCCUGUAGCAGAGAGAGAGGAGCCAAGCUGACUAGCACUCUGAAGUACAAGGAGCUGUCUCCGGUGAUCGGACAGAAGGGAUUCCAAGGAACAGUGACCCCUGGAGGACAGUCGCAGCACUCUGAGCACAGCCCUCACUCCCUGAGGAGAGCAAAGAAACUGGCCCCGAUCCCCCCUAAGGUCCCGUUCUGCCAGACAGGAGCCAUGUCCGACCAGUCGACGGGUCAGCCGUCUCCAGUCAGCUUGUCCCCCACUCCUCCCAGCACCCCCUCCCCUUACGGCUUCAGCUACCCCCAGGGAUACGCCACCAUCGGAUCCCCGUGUCAAGCCCAGAUGGCCUGCACCCCGUCCCUCUCCUCUCCGCCCUCGCUGGCCGGGACUCUGACGAAGGCCAGGCCGACCCCGAAGCCGCCGCGGCAGAGGCCUAGCCUACCUCCUCCUCAGCCCCCCUCCACACCCGGCACCAGUCCGCAGCCUCUGGAGAAUUCGCCGGGUCUCCUGGACGGUUUGUCUCCUGGGGAGAGCAUGUCCACAGCGGUAUGAGGCGAGAGGUUCAGUGUGAUUCUAUGUGUGAGACAAACUUUUAGG